UUCAUCCGAACGACAACCUGAGCGACCGGGCUUGUAUAUUGUUAUAUUUAUAAUAAUAUAUUCAACAUUAUUUGACGUCGAACAUGUCCGCCAUUAAGUGGUGCCUCGUCGGGAUCAUGGUUGCCGUGCGGUUGUCGUCCGUCCACAGUGAUACUGGUCCGGAAAGGUCGUUCGGCGUGUUUCGAUGCACUGCCGCCGACGGUCCGGGCACGUGUCUAUUCAAAAGUCUACUCAAGAAUGCAUUGCUGUACGCUGCGAGUCGAAGGGAAGACGUUUCAGCCGCCGCCGAUGACGGCAAAUUGGGCGACAGCGGCGGUGGUAUUCUCCAACAGCAGUCCAAAGGCAUUGAAGAAUACCUCAUAGAGCAGAUACAAAACAUAAUCGGAUUGUUUUCGUUCGGAUUUGAUCUGCCAAACGAAGUCACCGCUCCUUGGUCACUGCUCAAGUCAUCUUUCCUCAACGGUAGAGGCAAGAAGAACAAAAACCUCGGUCCCAUGCUUGCCGCCGGCGUGGCCGUGAUGGCCGGCACGCUGAUGCCGCUGGCGUUCGGCGCGCUGUUCAUGUUGGCCGGCAAGGCGAUCAUGACCAGUCUGAUGGCCAUCACGAUUUCCGGGCUGCUGGGCCUGAAGAGCCUGUUCAGCAAACACGAAUCGGGCCACGUCAAGUCGUACACGGCCCCGUCCGCGGCCCAUUACACCGAGACCCAGUUCGAACAGGAGAUGGGCAUGUACAAGGGCCAGACCGAAGCCAAGAUGCACAGCUCGUUGGCCAACUAUUACGCGGGCGAGACCAAUCCGCCGGGCGCGUACUUCAAGGGGGUGCGGCCGGCGCGGCAACAGAACCAGCACGACGACGACAACGACGGCGGCGGUUCCGACCACUCGGCCGGAUAUUACUCGCAGCCGGGCCCGAUAGUGCCCGACAAAAUCGCAGUGGUGGAGAAGAACGACUAGACGGCUGCGAUUUCGCGUACGGUUAGGUGUAUCUGUCUGUCGCGUAGUAUCGUGUUCGUUUGUCGAAGAUCCGAAUAAUAAUUAUUGUAUUUUGUCGUCGCCGACGUUAUUGUUCGUCGACACGGUACGAUCGUUAUUAUACGUAAAUUAACACGAUGUUAUACCAGAUAUUAGAGGUACACUUCCGGCGAAACCCCGCGGUAGUUCGUUAUAUUUGUGGCGUAAAACUUAUUGAUAUGUUAUAACUUCAGAAGGAAUGGCGGGAAGAGAGGUGCCAAAAAGGACGAAAAUGAGACUAUAUUAUUAUAAGUGUGAUUAAAUGACU